AUGGAUGGAGCGGCCGCCGCUGCAGAGCAAGGAGAAUGCGGAAAUACGACCGCAAAGGGAUUAUUGUACGCGAAAGAGUACGUGAAUUGUGGAGAGGUAGAUGCGGAAAGCAUUGUAGAGAGUGUUUGUAGUGAAGAGAGUCGAGACUUCAUGCAAAAAAUUUUGGUCAGAGAAGCGUAUGGGAUGGUAGAGAGUGCCGAGAAAGAUAGCAGCGAGUGGGUUUGGCGAAGUGAGGGUGCCGUAUUUCCGAUUGAUAGUUUGCAGCCAGCCGGGUGGUGGAUGAGACAG